UGUUCCACUGUAAAGGAGCAUAUUCCGGCAAAUAAAAACUUGGGAUCGCAUUUGUACUCGAAGUUUUUUUUGGUCGUCCGUGAUCGAGAGGAGAGAGACGAAGGAUGCACGACUUUUGCUUCACGUACCCGUAUGGGAUCGUGCUCUUGUGUGGCGGACUUGUGGGUUUUCUCCGGCGGGGGAGCUUGGCAUCGCUCUAUGGCGGCGUUGGAGCUGGGAUCUUGCUCCUUGUCGCCGGUAAGAUCAGCCUCUCGGCUUACCACAAGGGUAGCAAUUCGCUGGUCUCGCAAAUCCUCCAGACAGUGAUCGCGUUGUCCGUGUCGUGGGUGAUGGGGGAGAGAUUUCUCGACACUGGUAAAGUGAUGCCUGCUGGAAUGGUCGCCGCGAUCAGUGCUAUCAUGAGCUUGUUCUACGCGUACAAGCUUGCUAGUGGAGGCAACCACAUCCCAAAGAAGCAAAACACAAGCUGAGAGAAUUCAUGGUCUCAGAAUUAUUUCCAAUACCACAGCACAUUGUUAUUUACCAAGUCAGUGAAAAAAAAAUAUGAUUUUUUUAGCAGCUUA